AUGAAUAGUGAAACAUCAGAGGGAAAUGCUAAAGAAAAGAAAGAUAGCAGCUCAAACCUAUCACCUGUUAAAGUGUCUAAUGCCAGGGUUCGGGGAUCCUAUAGAUCCUAUAAUUCAGAGCAAAUACAAGAGCUUCUUGACCUUGUCAUUGAGGGAGGACUUUCAGCAAGAAAGGCUGGAAUGAUAGUUGGUAUUGUUGAGAGAACAGCCCAGCAUUAUGUGAAGCUUUAUAGAGAUGAUGAAAAGAAGUGUUUGCCUGGUCUAAGAAAGCCUCAAAUCAAGUGCCACAUGAAGCUCGAGCCACAGCAUACUGACUUUCUGUGCACGUUUUAUGGAGAAAAUCUAGAGGCUGUCCUCUGGCAGGCAAAGGGGUCAUUACUUCAAGCUUUUCCCGAGAUUAAGCCGAUUUUUCUCUCUGGUCUUCGCAAACAUCUAGUCCAGCACGCAUCAUUAACACUCAAAAAGCUGGGAGGAGUUGUAACUGCAAGAGCAGCUCACAACAAUCUCAAUCUGCGCAAAGAAAGAGCCCUAGAGUGA